AUGGAAAUGGAACCAGCUGCAGCACUCCCUUUGCAGCGCUUUCUGGCGUGUGUUGAAGCUGCUGCAGUGUGCGAUGGGACGGCUCACGAGGCUGGCGUUGUCCUCCAUGAGGCACAAGAUUGGCUGAAGGCCAUCAUGAUGCUGGAUGAAGCUGAGGAGAAUGCGCGCCUCGGCAAGCACCAGUAUCUCAGCGGUGUCCUGCACAAUGUGGCCAAAAUUUUGACGAAUGAGAGCGCGCCAGCUGAUCCCCUUGUAGCACUACAGGACAUCGGCUUCAGCUCUGGGCUGGAUCUGGAUAAUGAAGGACGCGCGGAUGUCGAAGCGUCUGACAUUGGCGAUGCUCAGUCGCCCACAAAGGCGCUGGACGCCAGCAGGCCAUGCAACUAUCUCAGCGCCAUGCUGACCUACAUCGCACAGGUUGGGGAUGAGGUGGCUGCGGCAGACCCGGCCCCGAGCGAGGCGCAGAACUACUUUGCAAUGCUGCGACAGCUGCCGGACGCGCUGCUGCUGCGGCUGGUAGUCCACUGGGGCUGCGCCGAUGCCACUGCCGAGCGCGUGGCCGCCCUGCUGGGCUGCAACCUGGCAGAGGAGGAAGGCACAGCAGUCGGGAACAUGUCAGUGCUGCCGAUUCUGGGCGCAUUGGGCAGCGAGUCACGCGCCCCGGCGCAGCCGUCAAAGCUGAGCAUGCAGCUGCCGGCCUUCAGCGAGCUCCACCGCGUCUCCCCCCUGCGCGCCACGCUGGCAGCUGCUCUCGCUGUACUGCAGCGGCUGAACGGCCUCUCUGGGGGCUCCGCACCGCUCCUGCCGGGCAGCUUCGGGGAAGCUGCAAUCGGCGCGUCGCCGGCCUCACAUGGCGGUCAUCAUGGGGACAGCAGGGGCGCAUCGCCGCCGCGUGCAGACAGCAGCCGCAACAGCAGCCCGACCGAGUCGCCGAGCUCCAGCAGCAGUGAUGCAGCCAGCCAGAGCAGCCAGGCCACGUCGCAUGCCUCCUCGGAGUUUGCUGCAGUCAAUGGGAACGGCGCUGGUUUGCAGCGCAGAAAGAGCAGGGUGAAGGAAGAGGAGCAGUUGCUGCUCUUUGCUCUGAAGCAUGCGGAGAACCUUGAGCCGCUGGGGAGAUGGAUCAAGCUACAGCUGGAAACCAAUCCUGCUCUGGCUUCUGUCAGCGAGGUUGCUGCCGAACAUUGCCGCACCUCAGCAAAAGCUGCAGACCCCAGGCGGAAGGCAAACAAGCUAUCUCAGGCUGGGCGCUGGAAGGAAGCCGUUGCUAUGGCUGACAGGGACGGUGGUGCCUCGGAUGCUCUGCUUACAGGAGUUGUAGAUGGCGUGGCUCUCCAGCUCAUGCAGGACAGCAUGUCAGAUGGCAGGGAGAGCACUUCCAGCGCUACAAUGGACGCGACUGAUGACGACCAAAAAUUCCUGUGGGAGUGCUGUUGUCGCAUAAAGGACAGAGAGAUUUCUGCAAGACUUGUGCUCCGCCAUUUGGGAGUUUGGGAGCUGGAGCAGGCAAUUGAGCUCCUGGUCAUGUGCCAGACACACCUGCCGCAGCAGCACAGCUUGCAGCAGGAGCUGCAGGGAAAGCUGUCCUGCCUCACUUUCUGCAGGGAUGUCUUGAGCCAUGAAGAGGCCCGCCUGGAAAUGAAGUGA